AUGAAAUUAGACGCAAACCAGCAAGGUUUGCCCAAAAUUACUUUUGCCUUGAAGGACAUGCUUGCAGCCCUUGAUCAGAUGAUGGCCCAAGUAGCAGUGAAAAGGAAACUGCUGCUGAGCGGAAAGAUCCAGUUGAGUAGUCUGCUGUCAAGUACGCUGAACCAAAAACAAGAACUUGAGAAGAUCGGCAAAGAUGUUGAUCUUGCUUCGGGCAUAGUCAGCAUUGAGAGGGAAGAAGUACGUUCAAUGGAGAAGACUAAUGAUGUCGAGAGGCAAAGACAAACAACUGAGAAGGACAAGCUGGAUAAAUUUCGGUCUGAGCUCAAAGUUUUGCAAGAUCACUUCAUGACUAAAAUACAAUCCACAGAACAGGUAAAGGCCGGUCUACAUCUGGUGACUGAGAGGAAAUUUGACAGCACUUACAAAAAUACGCUCAAAUUAGAAGCCAACAAGAAAGUGAUGCAGAAAAUAUCACUUUCCUUGACGAAUACACUUGCGGACUUGGAUCAGAUGAAAGGUCAAGUGUCACUUAGAGACGAAUUGCUGCUGAGACACAGCUACCAGUUGAGUCGUCUGCUGCCGAUCCUGGUGAAACACAAAGAAGAGAUGUUUGAGAAGACAGAAGAAGUUGAUUCUGCAAUGGCGAGAAUCAAUAAGGAGGGGGAACAUUUACUCUCAAUUCAGAAUAACUUAGAGGUUGAUAGAGAACGUCUGACAACAGAGAAGGAGAAAACAGAACAACUGCGGUCUGAGCUCAAAGUGUGCGAAGAUCACAUCUUAACUAACAGAGAAUUACUGGAAAAAGCAAAGUCCAUUCUACGGAAGGCAAAUGAGAACAGACUUGAAAACAUGUUCAGGAAAGGACUGAAUUUAGAAACAAAUCAGGAAGGCGUAAAGAACACGACACUUGCCUUGAAGAAUACGCUUGCCAAUCUCGACCAAGAGACAGACCAAAAAGCAAAUCGAAAAAUACUGUUGCAAAGAGAAAGGAGCCGGCAAGAUGGUCUGCUGGCAAGUAUGGUCAAACAAAGAAAAGUGCUUGAGGAGAAGCAAAAAGUUGUUGAUGCCGCUACAGAAAGACUCAUUGAUGAGAGGAAACGGAUACUUUCAAAGAAACAUACUAUCGAGGAAGACAAGAGAAGACUUGCCAUCGAGAAACGCCGGAUGGGACAGCAGCAGGCGGAGCUGAAAGUAUGGGAAGAUCACUUACUCACUAAUUUUCCAUUACUCAAAAUCAUCAAGGCCAAUUUCCAGGAGGUCAAUGAGAAGAAACUUGAAAACGUGACCAAAAAAGCACUCAAAUUUGAAUCCAAAAAGGAAGGCAUGCAGAAGAUACCGCUCGCCGUCAAGAACACACUUGUCGACUUUGAUCGGAUGACAGCUCAAGUUGCAGUGAAAAGCAAACUGUUGCUGAGACGAAGGAUCCAGUUGAAUCGCCUGCUGUCCAUCAUGGUCAAACAAAAACAAGACAUUUUUGAGAAGAGAGAAGGUAUUGAUUCUGCGAUGGAGAGAAUCAUCAAGGAGAGGGAAAAGUUACUUUCAAUUCAGAAUAAUUUAAAGGCCGGCAGAGAAAGUCUGGCACUUGAGAAGGAGCAAACAGAACAACUGCAGUCUGACCUCACAGUGUGUGAAGAUCACUUCAUAGUGAAAAUAAGUCCACUAGAGGGAGCCAAGUCCAAUCUACAGAAGGCGAAUGAGAACAGGCUUCAAACCAUAUUCAAGAAAGCACUUCAUUUCGAAUCAAAUAAGGAAGCCCUGGAGAAUAUGACACUCGCUCUGAGGAAGACACUUGAAGACCUUGAUCAAGUGACAAACCAAACAAGUCGUCAAAAUAAACUUUUGCAAAAAGAGAGGGGCCGGCAAGGUGGUCUCCUGCCAAGUAUGGUCAAACAAAGAAAAGAACUUGAGGAGAAGCAAAAAGUGGUCCAUGCUGCUACAGAAAGACUCAUUAAUGAGAGGAAACAGAUACUUUUGAAGAAAAAUGCUACUGAAGAAGACAGAACAAGACUCGUCAUUGAGAAACAGCAGCUGGAAAAACAGCAAGCGGCUCUGAAAUUAUGCGAAGAUCACUUGAUAACUAACAUUCCACUACUAAUGGCGAAGGCCAAUGUCAAGGAGGUGACUGAGAGGAAACGUGAAAAAAUUGACAAGGCUAUCAAAUUAGAGGGCAACAAGCAAAGCCUGCAGAAAAUGUUGCUUGCCAUCAAGACCACACUUGCGGUCCUUGAUCAGAUGGCAGCCCAAGUAGCAAUCAAAAGCAAACUGCUCCUGAGAACAACGGUCCAGUCAGGUAGACUGCUGUCAAGCAUGGCAAAACAAAAAGAAGAACUUGAUACGACCGGAGAAAAUGUUGAUUUUGCUUUGGACAGAGUCGCCAUUGAGAGGGAAAAUGUACUUUUAUUAAAGGAUACUAUAGAUGUAGAGCAGAAACGACUAACAAUUGAGAAGGACAAAAAGGAAGAACUGCGGUCUAACUUGAAAUGCUGGGAAGAACACUUAAUGACUAAUACACAGUCACUGGAAAUGGUGAAGGCCAAUCUCCAGGGUUUGAAUGAAAAGAGUGUUACAAACAAUGAUAAGACAGUCAUGAAAUUAGACGCAAACCAGCAAGGUUUGCCCAAAAUGACUUUUGCCUUGAAGGACAUGCUUGCAGCCCUUGAUCAGAUGAUGGCCCAAGUAGCAGUGAAAAGGAAACUGCUGCUGAGCGGAAGGAUCCAGUUGGGUAGUCUGCUGUCAAGUACGCUGAACCAAAAACAAGAACUUGAGAAGAUCGGCAAAGAUGUUGAUCUUGCUUCGGGCAUAGUCAGCAUUGAGAGGGAAGAAGUACGUUCAAUGGAGAAGACUAAUGAUGUCGAGAGGCAAAGACAAACAACUGAGAAGGACAAGCUGGAUAAAUUGCGGUCUGAGCUCAAAGUUUUGCAAGAUCAAUUCAUGACUAAAAUACAAUCCACAGAACAGGUAAAGGCCGGUCUACAUCUGGUGACUGAGAGGAAAUUUGACAGCACUUACAAAAAUACGCUCAAAUUAGAAGCCAACAAGAAAGUGAUGCAGAAAAUAUCACUUUCCUUGACGAAUACACUUGCGGACUUGGAUCAGAUGAAAGGUCAAGUGUCACUUAGAGACGAAUUGCUGCUGAGACACAGCUACCAGUUGAGUCGUCUGCUGUCGAUCCUGGUGAAACACAAAGAAGAAAUGUUUGAGAAGACAGAAGUUGAUUCUGCAAUGGCGAGAAUCAUCAAGGAGGGGGAACAUUUACUCUCAAUUCAGAAUAACUUAGAGGUCGAUAGAGAACUUCUGACAACAGAGAAGGAGAAAACAGAACAACUGCGGUCUGAGCUCAAAAUGUGCGAAGAUCACAUCUUAACUAACAGCCAAUUACUGGAAAAAGCAAAGUCCAUUCUACGGAAGGCAAACGAGAACAGACUUGAAAACAUGUUCAGGAAAGGACUGAAUUUAGAAAUAAAUCAGGAAGGCGUAAAGAACACGACACUUGCCUUGAAGAAGAUGCUUGCCGACCUCGACCAAGAGACAGACCAAAUAACAAAUCGAAACAGACUAUUGCAAAGAGAAAGGAGCCGGCAAGGUGGUCUGCUGGCAAGUGUGGCCAAACAAAGAAAAGAGCUUGAGGAGAAGCAAAAAGUCGUUGAUGCAGAAAGACUCAUUGAUGUCCAACAGUCAGAGCUAAGAGUCUUUCAAUCUGCCAGGCUCAAUAGAGGAAGAAAUGAUUUUGUUCGAGCAAAAUUAAAACUUUUAAAACAAAAGCUUUGUGAUCAUUUUCAACAGAUUAUAUUUCACUUAGCACAUCAAAAUAAACAUUGCCUGUGUUUCAGUAAAAUAAUGAAAGACAUGUGUGAUGGACUUGAGCAGAAACUAAUCAUUUCUGGUUUUUAUAACCUGCGAAAACAAAAGACCACCCAUGUUGUCCUGAAAAAAUCAAAUAAGGGUAUACAAACUGAGGUUCUUUCUAAAGAAUGGCUGAAUUGGCAAGACUUGAUAAAAAUGAAUGAAAUAAAAAUUAAAGAGCACAGCCAAAAUGCUAUGCAGCAUGAAACAGUGAUGCAAACACAACAAUUGGAAACAAAGUGGGGACUUCAAGAACAUAAAUAUCAUCAUAUAAAAGGUCAAUUUAUGAGGUCAGAAAGAGAAUAUCCUCAAAUUUUAUCCAUCAGUGACAACGCGGGAAGAGAACAGAAAAAGAAUCUUUCCACUUUGCCUGAAUCAUUGGAAAAAAUAAGUGUUUCCAAAGUGAGAAAUGCCUCUAAACAAGACUGCCUGCGAAAAAUCUGGAAGGAUACAAACAUGGAAAAGAAGGAGAUUGUUCGGAUGAAAUGCACUGGACAUGAGAUGAAAAAACACUUGGAGAAGCGACUCAAGGUGAUUACCAAUUUAGUUGAAACAUAUUGGAUUCACAAGAAAAAGACAUCUGCAGAGAAGAAAACAGAUCAAAGAUUGAAUAAAUGCCAAAGUCAUUCAGAGACAAAGCAUAAAACACAGGAUGAAAUUGAUUUUAACCUUCAGAAAUUUAAAAUUGAGAUGCUUUGCGAUAUUGAGACGCUGGCUCUCAAAAAACAAAAUCGGACCAGGGCACUAAAUGAUUUGUACUCAAACGCAGUUGGACAGAAGAAAAUCAACUCUAGUUGCCAACAAUGUUCAGAGAGAGAGAGAGAGAGAGAGAGAGAGAGAGAGAGAGAGAGAGAGAGAGAGAGAGAGAAAGAGAGAGAAGUGAGAACGAAAAUGAAAUGUAUUUCUGUUUCUUCCUAAAAGACACUUAAACAUCACACCAGGGACAAAGGAUUGAACCUGUAACUCACGUUGCGAGGCAACUCUCUUACCGCCACAGCAACACUCAUUCAAAUACAGUAUGUCUCUAAUCGAUGGCUCAUAGUUCCAUCGUCAAAAUUUAAAGUGUUUUUUUGUUUGUUUUUUCCGCAUUUCCUGUAUUGCACCUUUUUGCAAAGUAAGGGUACUCGAGAAUGUCGUGUUUGUCCAUAUCCAGCUUGAAGUAGUCCUUAAUUUUAAUAUCUUUUUUUUUUUUCCAAAAACAUCUCAUGUCAAUGAUAAAAUAACAAGUAUAUGCAAUCUUGAAAAGCAUCCCUCAUUUCCAACUGCAUUAUUUUAAAUUAUAUUUACGUUCCUGUGUCAUGUGUUUUCUUUUUCUUUUGCCUGGGUUAUUGUCAGAGGGCUGGAGUGUUAUUUCCAUAUAUCUUUAGUGUUAAAAUUACAUUUAUUGACAAGUUUUGUAUUACUGCUGGGGUCUAAGUUUUGAAAGGGGAAAAAAACAGUACAGCCACAUUAUUUUAUGCUACUUUCUUUGUAGUUCAUAUUCAUUGAUUUUGUUCUGCAAUAUUUGUGUUCCACCAUGUAAUAAACGUAUGAAAGAGUGACAUAA